UCCCCAUACAGCUCACCAAUGAGUAUAAUAAUAAGCUCGUUCCUUCCUUGAAAUUUCUUGUUGUCUUGCCCACCAAUAAUUUUAGCUACUCUUCCUAAAGCACCACCGAACAAGAAAGAGAGAAAGAAUUUAUUCACUAAAGAAGAAGAAGAAGAGAUGGCAGAGGCUGUUGUUUCCCCUGUGAUUGAAAGACUUGGAGACUUGCUACUGAAUGAAGCUAAGUUCUUGUCUGGAGUCAAAGUCCAAGUCAAGGAUGCACACACCAAGCUGCUAUGGAUGCGCGCUUUCUUAAAGGAUGCAGAUGCUCAUCUAAGAGAUGGCGAUGAGAGAGUGCGUCUUUGGGUUGUCCAAGUCAGAGAUACUUCUUAUGACUUGGAGGAUGUUAUUGAAACUUAUGUCUUGAAAGUGGUUUCCAAGAGGAACGGGAGAGGUGUCAUUAGUGUACUGAAAAGGUCUGCUUGCAUCUUCAGGAAAGGAAUUGAUGUCCAUAAAAUUGGAGCAGAGAUUGAGAAGAUCUCAUCAAGCAUUUCUACUUUGACUUCAUCUCUACAAACAUAUGGCAUAAGAGAAUUAAGGGUCAAGGAAUUUGGUGAAACUUCAUCAAACAACAUCCAACCGCAAAGAGACUUGAGGAGAGCUUAUUCUCAUGUUGUGGAGAAUGUUGUUGUUGGAUUCGACAAAGACAUCGAAGAAUUGGUAGCUCGUUUGAUUGGGAAAGAGAAUCCUCGUAGCCAUAGAGUGAUCUCUAUAUGUGGGAUGGGUGGUUUGGGAAAGACUACCCUCGCAAGAGAAGUCUAUCAUCAUCCCCAAGUCAGAGCUCACUUUGAUUGUUUUGCUUGGGCAUCAAUAUCUCAACAAUGUGUAGUGCGAGAAGUAUGGGAAGGAAUUUUAUUUGGUUUGACUUCUCCAACACAAGCAGAAAGGAAUGAAAUUAAAAGCAUGGGGAAUGGUGAGAUAGCAAAAAAGCUUUACAACCUUCAAAAACAAAGAAAAUGUUUGUUACUCCUCGAUGACAUUUGGACCACUUCCACCUGGGAUGGUCUGAAAGCUGCAUUCCCUCAAGACGAAACCGAUAGCAAGAUUUUACUCACAACUCGAAUAAAGAACGUAGCUUUUCAUGUUGAUCAGAAUGGUUUCAUCCAUGAACCUCGGUGUCUAAACGAGAAGGAGAGCUGGGAGCUGUUUCAGAAAAAAACUUCAUGUUUUGGAAAGGAUCCAACAAACUCAAAAGAUAAUGAAAGAAUGGGCGUACUGGGGCGAGAGAUGCUCAGUCAUUGUUCUGGUUUGCCAUUGGCCAUCAUCGUACUCAGUGGGCUUCUAUCUACAAAACACACAGUUAACGAGUGGGAGGAGAUUAAAAGAAAUGUAAUGAGAUACAUAACUAAAGGUAGAGAACAUGAUGACUCGAAAUACUCUGGUGUUUCAUCGGUGUUAGGUUUGAGCUACGAUGAAUUGCCAUUUUACUUGAAGUCUUGUUUUCUUUAUCUGGCUCGUUACCCCGAGGAUGCCACCAUACAAGUAAAAGAAUUAUGUCUUAUGCUCGUAGCAGAAGGUUUUAUACCUUCAAGAGGAGCUUCAACUGAUUCCAUCGAGGAUGUGGCAUAUGAUUGCUUAAGUGAGUUGGUGGAAAGAAGCAUGAUUCAGGUAGAAGAGUGGGGUUUGACAAGAAAAAUGAAAUCAUUUCGUAUUCAUGAUCUCAUGCGAGAUAUGUGCUUGUCUAAAGCUCGAGAUGAAAACUUUCUACAAUUUAAUGAUUUAAGGAAUAGAGGGAAGGAGCCACUAAAAUCUGUAUCUACAGACGUUAGAAGAGUUGCCAUUUAUUUUGAUAAUGAUGGUGUUGAUGAUUUUCUUUCUUUUGUUGAUAAUAUAAAUCAGGCUCUUAGGUGUUUUAUCAUAAGAUUGGAAGAGCCCAAUAAAGUAUUGAGACCUGUGAUCAAUAGCUUUCUCAUGCUUAGAGUUUUAAAUGUAAGUUCUGCAGGUAUACUGAAGUUGCCUAAAGAAAUUGGAAAGCUUAUUCACCUAAGGUUGUUUAGCACUACCUUUGUGGAAAAUAUCCCAUCCUCCAUUGGUAAUUUGAGAUGUCUACAGACUUUACGGGUAAAAUCAUACAAAAUCAAAGUACCAAAUGUAAUGUGGAAGUUGGAACAAUUGAGGCACUUAUCCUUACCCUAUUAUUAUAGUAUCUCAGCCUUUAGUAAAAGAUUGAGGUUACCUAAUCUUAGAAAUUUGCAAACAUUGAGAGAUGUUCAAAUGAAGUACCUAAAUGACAUAUGGGAGAAAUACAAGGAUGGACAGUGGUGGAGAGAGAUGAAUAUUGGCAAGAGAAAUAGAAGAUGAAAGAAAGACAAGAAAAUAUGUUUAAAAAAGUUAAUAGGGUGACUGUAACAAUUAAUUUUCUCCCUCUUCUAACUCCAAUUUUAAUACCAAAUACCAAAAGCAAGAGUUAUUAUCCUCUCCA